UUCAGCUUCAGAAUUGCAUGAAUUGACAGAAACACCAGGCUUACUAGCUAUCAUCGCCCAUCUCUGCCCUGUUUACCUCUUCCCGGUGCUUGUGGGUAUCUGUUCCUUGUCUGUUGUUUCGCAUCUGCUACGUGUACCGCCGCGCGCACGCGAUCCCGACCGCCGCGCACCCCCGAAACCUCCGAAAGCAGCCUCGCAGCGUGGGACUUGCUUCUGUCACUGAUCCGGUGGAAUUAUCUACCUGUGUAACUGUUCGAGCUUCUUUUCGGAGUGCUGUAUCUUAUCUUCUCUCUUUCCUACGCGCAUCAGCACAACAACAGUCAAGAUGCCUACAAUGUGGCUUACAGAUAACCAGAAGAUCGGAGUCAUCUUCUGCUCAGCCGGAGGCCUCUUCCUCUUCGGCGGCGUCCUCAUGUUCUUCGACCGCUCCCUCCUCGCCAUGGGAAACAUCCUCUUCCUCAUCGGCCUAACCCUCAUCAUCGGGCUCGAAAAAACAUGGGCCUUCUUCUCGCGCCGCCAGAAGCUCAAAGGCACCGCCGCCUUCGCCACCGGCAUCAUGCUGAUCCUGCUCCGCUGGCCGCUCACCGGCUUCAUCAUCGAGCUGUACGGCCUGUUCAUCCUGUUCGGCGACUUCCUCAUCACCAUCGGCCAGUUCGCGGGCAAUGUGCCCGUCGUGGGGCCGUUCGUGCAAAGGGUUUUGGAGACGCUGGCGGGGGGGAGGAGGAAUGCAGAAUUGCCUGUAUGAGUGUGAAUAUAUGAGUAUGAGUAUUCUUUUGGGGAGUGUGCGGGUUGAGGCUGGGGAGUAGGCUGGUGGGGAUGGGAUGGGACGGGAUGGGAUGGAAUGAGAUCAGAUGGGAAGAGUUGAGAUGGGUUCUUUCUGGAUCUGUCACGUUGUUUAUGUAUGUGUAUGACUAUGCGAUUGCCUCUUUACGAUAUUGCAUGAUGAUGAUGAUGAUGAGAAAAGAUGCAUGGAUGGAUGGAUGGAUGGAGGGGUGGGAUUGGGACUGACCUGUGGGCUAUGAGCUAUGAGCUAUCAGCUAUGAACUGUUGGGUUUGCAGCUACUGGUUCAGGGCUAGCGGGGUGUUAUUAUGGGUUACCUUUAUUCGGGUUUAGAGACCUUUUAAUUGUUAAUACGUUGGGGGGAAGGGAAAGAGAAUUGGAUAUAUUUCUAUUGG